AGUUGUGAAAUUGAUGAGUAAGUCAGCUCCUACAAACAUGGCGGCCGACCAGACUGGCGACGUAGUUCCUUCUUCUCUGUCAGCUAAAGUAGUUGGGUCGUUUGCUUACUUGACUGUGAGAGACCGAUUGCCCACCAUCCUCACUAAAGUCAUAGACACAAUCCAUCGCAACAAAAACAAGUUUUUUGAAGAAUAUGGGGAGGAAGGAAUCCAAGCAGAGAAGCAAACCAUUUCUCUGCUGUCCAAGCUGAGGAACGAGCUGCAAACAGACAAACCCAUACUCGCCCUGACGGACGGCCUGGAGGACGCAGAUUCUUGGAACCGGUACCUGCAGAGACAACAGGGGCAGUGUGGAGGCCAGGAGGUGGUCAGCUGGUUCAAAUCGCCGUGGCUAUAUGUGGAGUGCUACAUGUACCGUCGGAUACGGGAGGCCCUCUGGCUCAACCCUCCCAUCAGUGGCUACGACGUCUUCAAUGAGGGGAAAACACGGAGCUUCUUUGAAUCUCAGCAGGCUAUCAUGGCUUUAUGCACUUACUUCGAGGCCGUCGACAAAAAAACGGAAGACAUCUCAGAAAAUCAACUUAGGGAGUAUUUCAACAAACUGCUCCAGGUUUGCCUUUGGGGGAACAAAUGUGAUCUGUCGAUCUCUGCCGGCGUGGACAAUUCGCAGAAGAUCAGUCCCAUCGACUCUCUACUCGCCCUGCAGACGUUCAUCUUAGUGGACGACUCUGACGCCGUGUGGUCGACGCUCAUUUCUGCCCGGCAACAGAGACAGUCAGGGAAAAGGAGCUCUGGCCGAGUGGACUUUGUUCUGGAUAACGCCGGCUUUGAGUUGGUCACCGACUUGGUCCUGGCCGAUUUCCUGGUGUCCUCCGGUCUGGCUGGGGAGGUCCACUUCCACGGCAAAUCCUUCCCGUGGUUCGUCUCUGACGUGACGGCCGAAGAUUUUCAAUGGACCAUCCGUCAGACCAUGGCGGCCAAUCACAGGUGGAUGUCACAGAGAGGGCUGCGCUGGCAGCAAUACGUGAAGGAGGGCGUGUGGUCUUAUCAUGACCAUCCCUUCUGGACGCAGCCCAACGAGUUUUGCGACAUGGCAGCCGACGCCCCGGACCUGUACGCCGCUCUGCAGGUGGCGGACUUGUUGCUGUUCAAAGGCGAUCUCAAUUACAGGAAGCUGGCAGGAGAUCGCGACUGGGACCACACGGUGGACUUUGACACUGCACUGAGGGGAUUCGGACCGGCACCGCUGUGCAGUUUGAGGACUCUUAAGGCGAACAUUCAAGUGGGUCUGCAGCCGGGCCAGGGGAGCAAGCUGAGCUCUCAAGACCCAGACUGGAUGACCUGUGGAAAGUAUGCCGUGAUUCAGUUCUACAGUCCAAACUCGGAUCGGCAAGACUGACCUCACAAUCAACGAUCAACUCUCGCCUUCAAAGCCAUAACAUGAUGAUGUCAUUGUCACUUUACUGUUUCAUUGGCAAAGCACUGAACAAAUUGUACAUUUUCAUCUCUCUCAGGAAGUUGUUACACUUCAAGGAGACGUU